AUGCCUCCUAAAGCUUCGUCUGCAAAGAAAAGCUCUAGCGAGAGCGAGCAUGCCAAAGCCAAGCUGCCUAAGCUUCCGACCGAAUUCGUUCUACGGCCGUCGAAUGCGGGACCGAAAAAUACUGCAGCCGUCUAUGUCUCUCCCCAGAUACUCACCAUCACAGGAUGGUCUGCGGGAAGCUUUGUCAAAAUCACGCGAGGACUGUCGGAAGUCAUUCUGCUAUUGCAACCUUGGAAGCAGGAAGAGGAGGACGCGUAUGAUCUGAAUGUGAUUUUGAUGUCGCAGGAGUAUUUGCGACUAAACCAUUUCCUGCUUGGAGAAAGAGUAGAGCUGAAAAAAGCCACCUCGCAGCCAGCCUACGCCUCGGAAAUCGUUGUGAAUAUUCAAGAGAGCACCGAUGAGACUAAAAUACGGUCAAGACUUAUAGACAUUGGCCUGGUUUACGAAAACUUGACCACAUCUGAUUUUCAAGUCGCUCAGAUAGCCAAUGUGGAUGCUGUGACAGACUCGCUCGACCAACUGUCUUUGCAGGGCCAGAGCAAAAAGACGGCAUUGCAACCAUUUUUGUUCCACCACAAGACCACCAAAAUUGAGUUUCACUUCGUCGAGCAGCUGCAGCCACCAUCUGCCCCAUACAGCUAUUCCAAAAUUGGUGGACUACGCAAACAAAUCGAGACUCUCAAACGGACAAUAGACAUUCCCCUGUUCCGGCCCGACAUAUUCCAGCGGUUUGGAAUAGACCCUCCGCGCGGAGUGCUUCUCCAUGGCAGCUCAGGCACCGGCAAGUCCUUGCUGCUCAAGAGCGUCGCGUUUGAGUCGCAGGGAUGUCAUGUGAUCAAUAUUAGCGGCCCGUCGAUAGUGUCGAAAUAUCUUGGUGGAACAGAGGAGAAGCUGCGCGAGUACUUCAAAGAGGCCAUAAAGUACCAGCCGGCCAUUAUUCUGAUCGAUGAGAUCGACUCGCUUACACCGAGUCGCAAUAAUGAGGACGUUUCUGAGGUCGACACUCGUGUGACUGCCACUCUUUUGAUGGCCAUGGACAGCAUUGACGGGGCAGUUGUUGUGAUUGGAGCAACCAACAGGAUCAACUCCAUUGAUGCCAGUUUGAGGCGACCGGGCCGGUUCGACCAGGAGAUUGAGAUUCCUAUUCCCGAUGCAGACAGCCGGUACGACAUUCUUUCGACACAGUUUUCAGCGAUGAAGGACCAACAUGAGCUCGCAGAUAGUCAAAUAAGAGCUAUUGCUAACACUACACACGGGUACGUUGGAGCCGACCUGGUUUCGCUGUGUCGAGAGUCAAUUCUCAAGUGCAUUUCUCGUGGAAUUUCCACCCACCAGGAAGACCAAAAAGUUUCGUUUGCAGACGUCGAGGAGUCAAGGAGCGAGAUCCAGCCGAGCGCUAUGCGGGAGAUUGUUUUGGAGAUGCCAAAAGUGAGCUGGGACGAUAUUGGCGGUCAGGAAGUGCUGAAGCGGAAGCUCAAGGAAAUGGUCCAGCUUCCGCUGACGGCAGCAGACACGUUCAGACGACUGGGGAUUUCUGCUCCCAAGGGACUGCUUCUUUAUGGUCCUCCUGGAUGUUCCAAGACUCUGACCGCCAAGGCUCUCGCUUCGGAGUCUGGACUGAACUUCUUGGCCAUCAAAGGGCCGGAGGUGUUCAACAAGUAUGUUGGUGAGUCGGAAAGAAAAAUUAGAGAGAUAUUCCACAAGGCCAGGACUUCUGCUCCGUCGAUUAUCUUUAUUGACGAGAUCGAUGCUCUGGCUACAAACAGGGAUAGCGAAGACGCUGGAAACGUUUCGCGACAGGUUUUGAACUCGAUGCUGAAUGAGAUCGACGGCGUGGAAGAGCUCAAAGGCGUGAUAAUUAUUGGUGCUACCAAUAGGCCAGACUCAAUAGAUCCUGCUCUUUUGCGUCCUGGACGGCUCGACAGACAUGUGUAUGUUGCGCCGCCCGACAGACACGCUCGGAAGCAGAUUUUGGAGAAAAAUACGGUCCAUUUCAACCUUCCGAAUCGGGUGCUAUUAAUCGAGAAGCUGAGCGACCUGACCGAGGGAUUCUCUGGCUCUGAGACCGUGCUGCUGUGUCAAGAGGCCGGUCUGGCUGCUGUAAUGGAAAACAACGAUUGCCAGCAGGUGGAAGAACGUCAUUUCAUGACCGCUCUCAACGACAUUAGCAAAAACAUCACUCCAGAGAUGCUCGAGUACUACAGAGAGUUUGGAGAGAAAUAUAGGGCUGUGUAA